AUGGCAUCGUUACCAACGAAUUUAGAUAAUCAAAAAGCAAAAUUAGCCGAAUUAUUUACUGACCCAGGAGCGGAUCAUGUCCCGGCAAAACUGUUUCACAUAUUUUUGGUUGAACCCGAUGGGAAUGACAAACAGAAACGUGAAGAAACUUACGAUUUAUUAUUAGAUUUGUUGGUUGAAAACGCUAAAAUACAAGUUCCGUGGGUUAAUGCAGAAAAUGUGAAAUCCAGAAAUAUUAAACGAAUAGCUGGUAAAAGGCAGCACAAUCUCAAAUCAAAAACAGCAAGGACGAAUAUGAACGAUGAAAAUUCAAAUACCAGCUUCAUCACACAAACCCUUGGAAAACAAGAGGAAACUAUUCUUCUCAAUUGGAUAUCUUAA